UGAUUCUUAUAGGCUGAAGUGCCUUGUGGGUUGGGUCUCACUUCAUUUUGCCUUUAGGGAGCUAGCCUGAAUACUUGAACUGAAGCACUUAGGAAGACAGCUUUUCUUGCCUGCAGAUUUCCUCUGUGGUUAUUUUUCUCAUAGUAACACAGUCCUGGAUAAUCACUUCAUAGGAGAGGAGAUUUUUCAUUUAAACGGCACCAUGAGGCACCUACGUGCACAGGGGCAUAAGCCCCCUGUGUUACUGGAGUGCGAGCACUUGAGAUGUCACUGAAAAGAGAAAAACCAGUAGACACUUCUACGCUGAAAAAAAUUGCUGCAGACAUGAGCAAUAUAAUAGAGAGCCUAGACACGAGGGAGCUCCACUUCGAGGGAGAAGAGGUGGAUUCUGACAUGUUAAAUGAACCAAAAACACCUGUGGGCAUCCCAUUCUCUACAAUUUAUAACACUCAAGGAUUCAAAGAGCCUCAUAUACAGACAUUUCUAACUGGGUGUCCGAUUAGAGUGAGAGUGUUGGAAGUCGAGCGUUUUACCUCAACAACAAAGGUACCAAGUCCAAAUGUUUACACUAUUGAGUUGACACAUGGGGAAUUUACAUGGCAAGUGAAAAGGAAAUUCAAGCACUUUCAAGAAUUUCACAGGGAACUGCUGAGAUAUAAAGCCUUUAUAAGAAUCCCUAUCCCUAUAAGGAGUCACACUGUUCGAAGACAAAGUAUCAAAAGAGGAGAAACCAGGCAGAUGCCAAGUUUACCGCGCACCUCUGAGAACAUGGUUCGAGAAGAACACUUCUCGAGUAGAAGGAAACAACUAGAGGACUAUUUGACAAAAAUCUUAAAAAUGCCUAUGUACAGGAACUACCACGGAACGAUGGAAUUCAUUGGUGUAAGUCAGCUGUCGUUCAUCCAUGACCUAGGGCCAAAGGGAAUAGAAGGCAUGAUCAUGAAAAGAUCUGGGGGCCACAGAAUACCUGGUCUCAACUGCUGUGGUCAAGGAAGCGUCUGCUAUCGCUGGUCCAAAAGGUGGUUAGUUGUGAAGGACUCUUUCCUACUGUACAUGAAGCCAGAUUCUGGAGCCAUUGCUUUUGUCCUCCUGGUAGAUAAAGAAUUCAAAAUUAAGAUUGGUAAGAAAGAGACUGAAACUAAAUAUGGAUUGCGGAUUGACAACCUCUCUAGGUCAUUGAUUUUGAAGUGUAACAGCUAUAGACAUGCCCGAUGGUGGGGACAGGGAAUAGAGGAGUUCAUCCAGAAAAAUGGCCAAAACUUUCUGAAAGAUCACAGAUUUGGGUCUUAUGCAGCUGUGCGAGAGAGAACUUUGGCAAAGUGGUAUGUAAAUGCAAAGUGGUACUUUGAAGAUGUUGCUAAUGCAAUGGAGGCAGCUAAAGAAGAAAUUUUCAUCACAGAUUGGUGGCUGAGCCCAGAAAUCUUUAUGAAACGACCUGUGGUAGAAGGAAAUCGCUGGAGACUAGACUGCAUUUUGAAGCGGAAAGCACAACAAGGAGUGAAAAUUUUUGUUAUGCUCUACAAAGAGGUGGAACUUGCCCUAGGAAUCAACAGUGAAUAUAGCAAGAGGACCCUGAUGCGUUUGCAUCCCAACGUUAAGGUGAUGAGGCAUCCAGACCAUGUGUCAUCCUCAGUGUACCUGUGGGCCCAUCAUGAGAAACUUGUUAUCGUUGACCAGUCCAUAGCGUUCAUUGGUGGCAUAGACUUGGCCUAUGGGAGGUGGGAUGACGACGAGCACAGGCUGACUGAUGUUGGCAGCGUUAAGCGAAUUUCAGGAACAAAGUCCACGAUGAACCUAGCGGCUGCAGCUGAAUCUACUGAAGCUGUAGCCCUAAAACCUUUCACUGAUUCUCUGGAAAACCAGAAAAGUUUGGAUGAUGCCCUGGAUUCCUCACGGCUGAAAGGAAUAGGAAAAGCCAGGAAGUUUGCCAGGUUCAGCAUUUAUAGGCAGCUCCAUAAACAUGGCAUACAUCACUCUGACAGUGUGAGCAGCAUCGACAGCGAGUCAAGUUAUUGCAAUCCUAGUAGGAGUCAACAGAAUUUAAUCCAGAGUUUAAAACCCCAUCUGAAAAUGUUUCAUCACCACACUGAGUCCAGGCAAGGGCUUGCUGAGUCUGAGAAGGAUAAAGGAUCGAUCCGCAGUUUGAAGACCGGUGUUGGAGAGCUCUUUGGGGAAACCAGAUUCUGGCAUGGAAAGGACUACUGCAACUUUGUUUUUAAAGACUGGGUUCAGCUUGACAAGCCGUUCGCUGAUUUCAUUGACAGACAUACUACACCAAGAAUGCCAUGGCAUGACAUUGCCUCUGUGGUACAUGGCAAAGCAGCACGGGAUAUCGCUCGACACUUUAUUCAGCGCUGGAACUUCACAAAGAUCAUGAAGCCCAAAUAUAGAUCCCUCUCCUACCCAUUCCUGUUGCCAAAAUCUCAGCAAACUGCCAACGAGUUGAAGUAUCAAGUGCCUGAGUCUGUUUUCGCCACUGUCCAGGUGCUCCGUUCUGCUGCUGAUUGGUCAGCUGGCAUUAAGUAUCAUGAAGAAUCCAUCCACACUGCCUAUAUUAACGUGAUAGAGAACAGCAAACAUUACAUAUAUAUAGAAAACCAAUUUUUUAUUAGCUGUGCUGAUGACAGAGUUGUAUCGAACAAGAUUGGAGAUGCAAUUGCUCAGAGGAUUCUUAAAGCCCACAGGGAGAACAAGCGGUUCCGAGUAUAUGUGGUGAUCCCGCUGCUGCCUGGAUUCGAAGGAGAUAUUUUAACUGGAGGAGGGAAUGCACUGCAGGCCAUAAUGCACUUCAACUACAGGACCAUGUGCAGGGGAGAUCGCUCUAUUCUGGGGCAACUGAAAACAGAAAUUGGGGGGGAUAAGUGGAUAAACUACAUAUCGUUCUGUGGGCUUCGAACAUAUGCUGAAUUAGAAGGAAAACUUGUCACCGAAUUGAUCUAUGUUCACAGCAAACUGCUAAUAGCCGAUGACAACACUGUCAUAAUUGGCUCUGCUAACAUCAAUGACCGCAGCUUGCUGGGAAAGCGUGACAGUGAAAUGGCUAUUCUUGUGCAAGACACUGAAACCAUCCCCUCCAUGAUGGAUGGAGAGGACUACCAAGCUGGAAAAUUUGCUCAGUCACUCCGUCUCCGGUGCUUUCGGGUUGUUCUUGGUUGUUCAACAAAUCAAAAUGUUGAUCUCCUUGAUCCUGUUUGCGACAAAUUCUUCAAGGAGGUGUGGGUUUCCACAGCUGCUCGCAAUGCUACUAUCUUCGACAAGGUUUUCCGAUGCCUUCCCAGUGAUGAGGUGAACAAUUUAGUCCAGCUCCGUGACUUCAUCAACAGGCCAAUAUUAGCAAAUGAAGAUCCCGUGAAAGCAGCAGAAGAAUUGAAAAAGAUUCAUGGAUUUCUAGUCCAAUUCCCUUUUCGUUUCCUGGAGGAAGAAAACUUGCUUCCUUCUGUUGGAACAAAAGAAUCCAUGGUGCCCAUGGAGGUUUGGACUUAAGAAGAUUUAGACUGCUUUAGAGUUGAAAGCCUGUUCUCGGAGACGAGUUUGCACACAGUCUGAUUUCAAGAAGCUUUUUUUGCUGAGGUGGCCACAGAGAAGGUCUCCACCAAGCUAAUGUGCCUUUCGUAAGGAUUUUGGUGGAACAGUUUCAGACAAAAUUACACUAUUAUGGGAGGAAAAGAAGAGUUGGAAACUCUGAUUGAUAUACUCUGUCCACUGAAAAGAAGUUACUACUUAGCAUAUUCUAAGCACCUUACAGAUGCAGGCCACUUGUUAUGAA